AUGAGAUUAUAUACUACCAUUUCAUUACUUAUAACAAAUUUAAUCCUAAAUGCUAUAAGCAAUGAAUCUGGAACUAUUUAUCCUGUAAAAGAAAGUAAAAAACAUUAUUGCUUUUAUUGUGCAUACAUACGCCACGCGAAGAAAGAGGAAAAUAUUCGAAAUCAGCUAUGUUUAAGUGCGAAAAAAAUGAAGAAUCGAGUUAAUAUGAGACGACAAUGUACAGUUGAUGAAAAUUUUUGCAUGUCACAGGUAACAAGCUUGAAUGGUAUAUUUCUUGGAAUUAAUAGAGAUUGUGCUGUUCAAUGUAUUCCGCGUUGCGAUUCUCACGGAUAUGGACUUGAAUACACAAUUUGCACGAGGUGUUGCAGUGAAGAGCUUUGCAAUUACUUAAGUACCAGUGCUCAUGAAUAUGCAGAACGUAAUUCCUUUUCUUUUUGGUUCGCGCUUUUAUUUUUAUUUCUGAACCAGAUAUAA